CGGCCAUCUUCGCCGCCUUCUUGAUCCACCAGAUCCGCCCUCCAGAUCCGCCAGAUUCCCCGGUCGAGACACACGCGCGCGCGCGCGCACCCAAGCGCGCGGGGACCCGGUGCGCCCCGCGCCCCGGUGCGCCCCGGCGCGCCCCGCCAGCUCGCGGCGAUGUCGUACAAGCCCAACUUGGCCGCCUCCAUGCCCGCAGCCGCGGCCAACGCGGGCGGCAGCACCCACCCCACACCCAGCAGCAUGGCUGCACCUGCCCAGUACCGCCAGAUGCUCAGCGACUAUGGGCCACCCUCCCUGGGCUACACACAGGGAUCAGGGAGCAGCCAGGUUCCACAGAGCAAGUACGCGGAGCUGCUGGCGAUCAUUGAGGAACUGGGCAAGGAGAUCCGGCCUACGUAUGCUGGCAGCAAGAGCGCCAUGGAGCGGCUCAAGCGUGGCAUCAUUCACGCCAGAGGUCUAGUCCGGGAGUGCCUGGCUGAGACGGAGCGCAACGCCCGGUCCUAGCGAAGACCUUGCCAGCCGAGAGGGUCUCCCUCCAGGACUGUCUCCUGCCGAGACGAAAUGAAAGUUCCCUUUUCACAAUGUUAACAGUUGGGCUUCUCUACCUGUGGCUCGAACCCACCUCUCUCUUAAGAAUUCAAGAAGGCCUCAUUGGCGGUCGCUUAGAAUUUGCCUUUCUGCAUAGCUAGGACCUCUUUGGGUUUUUUCCUUCUUUUCCUUUCUUCUAAGCAUUGGUUCAAAGGUGUAUGAACUCAGGGCCUCCGAGCUGCAGUCUGGCUUCUUCAGCGCUCGCAUGCCCCACCCUGGCCACUCUCUCUGCCCAUUCUUGGGCACAGCCAGCCCAGCCCCAUCCUGUGCACCCAUGGCUGGUCCCUUGGGCCUGUUUGCCCUGUGUAGAUCCUGCUUCGGGGAACUCCUUUGCUGCUGAAGCAUCUAUCUGCAUGGCGCUUGGUACUUCAGAAUCGGGCUCAGAAAUGCCCCCAUUAUAAACACAGAGGAGCAAUUCCUGCCCCCAGCCCAGCCAGCCCCAAAGCUUUCUUGCAAACACUAGAAGAGUUUCCGUUUCACCUCCCCUGAGUUGCCCCCCCAAUAUCUGGAAGAAAGCGACUAAAACAUUUGCAUCUUUGUAUGUAUUUAUUACUUGAUGUAAUAAAGCUUAUUUUCAUUAACAA